AUGUUAUUCAUAGACUUAAUUAGUGUCAAUUCACUAGUAAUAUGUCUAACAUUAUUAGGAACUUUAUAUUUAUAUUUGACCAGAAAUUUCAAUUACUGGUCAAAACGGGGUUUAAAUGGACCGAAACCGUUACCCAUUUUUGGCACAAUGUGGCAAUUGUUUUUCAAGCCAUUGGGUCAAAUUAAUCUGGAUAAUUUCAAAAAAUUUGGCAAAAUUUAUGGAGUUUAUACUGGCAAUCGUCCGGUGCUUAUGGUAGCCGAUCCCCAACUAAUCAAAGACAUGAAUAUACGCGACUUUCAUCUGUUUGUCGACAGAAACGACUUCCGUACUGGCGAUGAACUGAGCGAUCGGACAAUGUUAUCGCUGAAAGGCGACGACUGGAAGAAAAUGAGAUCAAUUAUUACACCAACAUUUUCAUCGGGCAAAAUGCGUUCAAUGCAUCCGAUUAUUAUUGAUUGUAUCAAACGUUUGGACAAAUAUUUGUCGGACAAGAAAGAGGUUGAAAUGAAGAAAGCAAUGGGAAGUCUGACUAUGGAUGUGAUCGCUUCGUGCGCUUUUGGGACCAAAAUCGAUACCUACGAUGACCUGAAAAGCAACGACUUUUCCAAAUACGCUCAGAAGAUAUUUCGCGGCACUUGGAGGGUAUGGAUCAGCAUAUUGUUGGCCUCGACUUUCCCGAAACUGUUGAAAUGGACGGGAAUAAGAUUUUUUGAUCCCAAAGCACUUGAAUUUUUCAGUACAGUUAUUAACACAAUUAUCACUAAACGAAAAUCUGAAAGCAAUGGCAAAUACAAUGAUUACAUCCAAUUGAUGAUCAAUGCGACCAACAAGUCUUCUGGUGAUACCAAUGCUGAAGAUCGAGAAGUGUCUGCUGAUCUGAACGGAGAAAUUUUCGGCAACUCGGAGACCGUGUCCAUCAUUAAAAACAAUACCAAAUUAGGCCGAGAUAUGACCGAUACGGAUCUGUUGGCCACAGCGUUCAUAUUUUUUGUGGCCGGCUAUGAGACAACUGCCGCAGCACUGGCUCAUGUGCUACACUCGUUGGCCAUCAAUCAGGACUGUCAGCAAAAACUGUACGAUGAAGUGAAAAAAUUUGACGGUCAGUAUGACUACGAAAUCAUUGCCCAAAUGCCAUAUCUGGAGGCCUGUGUGGCCGAAACAUUGCGAGUCUAUACCACUCUUUCGGCAUCGAGUCGUAUAGCCUCUCAAGACUAUACAAUUGGUGACACCGGUAUAACUUUACCAAAAGGAUCGAUGGUCAAUUUUGAUAUACAAAGUGUACAUUACAAUCCCGACUACUAUCCCGAACCCGAUCGUUGGAAUCCCGAACGGUUUAUGCCCUACAAUCGGGAUAAGUUAGUUCCCUAUACUUAUAUGCCGUUUGGUUUGGGUCCCAGAAAUUGUGUGGGAAUGAGGUUUGCAUUGAUGGAGAUAAAGACAGCCGUAGCCUAUUUGGUCAAUAAAUAUCGAUUUGUGAGGACAGACAAAACAGAUGAGUCGUUGAUAGCGAAAAAAUUUGAAAUUGUUUUAACAACCGGUGAUACAUAUCUUGGUAUUGAAUCCAGAAAUUAA